ACACAAUUAGAUUUUUUUGAAUGAUUUAAAAAACGAUUGAAAUUUUCUUGACAUUGCUAAACAAAAGUAUUAAUUUCUCGACUUUAGUGUUUUGUUUAUCGAUUACGGCUGCACACUUACACAGAAAAUAAGUGAUCAUAAUCGGUUGUAGUCGAGCGACCUUGUGAUGCCGCAUGGAGUUUAAAACUUCCUUCCUUAAAAGGUUUACUCAGCAGGUACAUGGGAUCAGAGCAAUGUAGGUUACCACAGUCACUAUGAGUUCUUCCACCCGAAUGAACGUCGGAAUUUCCUGUGCUAUGUAUUAUUUCUUAAAAAUAAAAAAUAUAUAAUAUUUGUAAGUGGUACCACGGAAAAAAGUGUUUACUUCUUCCAAUAGUGACGGUGAAUGGGCGACACAAAAUUCAAUUGUAUUACUACUGAAAUAUUAAAUAUUCUCUUAAUUUUUACGAACACAAUACCAAGUAGUGAAAUAACUCUGAAAGAUGAUUCAUCUCUGUGUCUACGAGCCAAGCCGAUAAAACAAGAAUCUUCAGUGAAAGAGGCAAGGAACUCAGAUACUGCAGCGCCAGGACUUGGUCCUGUGCCACCUCCACCACCGCCUCCACCAGUAGGUCAAGUUCCAGCCCUAAAGAUCAACACCGCUGAGACAUACGGGUCAAGAAGACCACGACCACCAAGCGACCCAUAUGAGCCGCCAGCCGCUAUUCAGAACGCGAUGAUGACUAAAGACAAAAAACCCUUCACCUACACACCCGGUAUGGGAGGAAAAUUGGACCUCUCCCAAAUCAGAAGUCCACGAAUGGCCCGCCGAGUAGCGAAAAACGCCAACGAUGAAGGUAUCGAAGGUCCUCCGAAAUCAGCUUCGGAACCAAAACCCACUCCUGCACUUGGAAGUGCCAAUCUUUUCAUCCAGCCACAGGUGGCGGUCCCAGUUUUUCCAAGCAAUAUACCAUCACCACCAACAGCGAACAAAACCCCCAAUCUACAGAUCAACCGUGUUCCUCCAGCUGUACCCGAAAGGCACUCCUCGGUCCCGGAACAGCCAAGAACUAUAAUAAAAAUUGAGACGAAGAUGACCCCUCCCCCUAACAAUUCACAACCCAAUUCUCCAGAAACACCAACAAGUCCUCAAAUCACACUUGCAAAAGCUCCAACACCGUGGCUUCAGAACAAGAACAAGCUUCAAGAUGAACUACCCGAAUGGGCCAAGCGGUCCCCUGUCAACAGAUCUCCAGAAUCUUCACCUGAAAACACAAUUUCGCCUCCUUUUGUCCAGGUUCAACCACCAAUGCCUACUCAACAAAUCCUUAUUCAACAAGUCCCUCUUCAGCAAGGAAUUCCCAAUCAACAGCAACAGUUUCAGAACCGCCAAUCCCAACAACAGUUUCAACUACCACAACCAGUUAGUCGUCCACAAACUCAAGUACCCAUACGAAUUGAAGAUAGACCAUCAGUAUUUUCUGUGAAGCAAGAACCAGGCCAUCAUCAGCUACAAAACACGCAGCCUCAUCAUCAGUCACGCUGGUAUCAAACUCAGCAACAACCCGUUGCUCAGAAUCAGGUUCAUUCUUCACCUGUUCGGCAGGAACAAUCAGGUUAUAUCAUACCCAUCAUGGUGGAAGGUGCCAACAACAGGCUUUCGAACGGACCGCCUACACCAACAUCACCAUCUACUGGGCUUUCUCAACCCCAAAUUCGAAUCAUCACGACAGAAAACCAGACUCCUAAAAUUCAAAAUCGUGGACCAGUUAUUGUACCUAUUACUGUUCAGUCAGAACCUGGACCUGUCCAAUCCAGAUCAUUCAGGGUACUACAAAAAAUCACGGAUACAGACGCAGAUGAUGUUGAUGGUGAUCAGCUCCGGAAGUUGCAACUGACUGAAGAUGACAAAGUCCUCAUGAACAAAUUCAAGGAACAAGUUGAUGGGGACACUUACCUUCACCAAGAAGCAGACCCCAGAUAUCGCGGAUCGGCUAUACCUUCCCGAGCCUUCCGCUAUCUACAAAACAUGACAGACUCUGGAGAUGUUACAACUGCGGCAGCCCCAAGAGCAGUCAACUCAGCGAUAAAGAUCCAGAAUAGAAAUUCAAAAUCCUUUGAUGAAAUACAAGCAAAUCUGCCAGCUAGUGAGCAGACUGUCCAAGAACCGAAAAAGUACACGGGCAGUGCGAUUCCAUCCAGGUCUUUCAGGAUACUACAAGCGAUGACCGCCCCAGAAAAUAUUGCCACGCAAGAAAAUCGGCAAGCAGAUUUCGUCUGUCAAACAGAGAAUAACAUACCGGGCAAUCAGCAGGGUGCAUUUUAUCCUCUCUGUCCCCCAGCCUACUGGAGUCCUGAUGGUUGGUGGAGUUAUUAUCCCUUGCCACCAACCACCUCAAAUUCCAAUUCUGAAAAUCAAUCCUACGAACCCUACACUUUUUAUAAUUAUGAAGACGGCAAUACUUACGUCUGUUAUCCUAUUUACAGUCAAAACUAUCGUCCUUUUGUUCUAUCGGAGACGGGAAUACAAUUGCCUUUCCCGGAGCCAACAAAUAAAAAUAGCAGAGAGGAAGAAUCUGCAAUCACUGGCAAUCGUCCUAAUCCUAAAUCUGAAUGGGAGAUACAUCUAAAUAAUCCCGAGACAACAGUCUCCGUGGAAGAUGAAAAUUUGAAUGUCGAUGAAACGAGAAUUAUUGUCACUCCCUGUACAGAUGAUGACACUGAUUCGGAAUCUUGUGAAGAACCUUCAAAGUCUUCUAAAUGCAGUGAGAAAGCUGACACUAUUUCCUCAUCCACUUCAUCAGAUGACUCCGAAUCUUACCUUGCUUAUUCUACCGGCCUCAACCAAAAGAAUAACUACCAAAAGUCAUUUUCUGCCGCGACAAUUUCCGAAGACACCUGUGGACAUUCUUGUGUUGAUUUUUCAGAAGACAAAUUGAAUUCUGAUUCAGAUUCAGAUGAUGAGGACGAAGAGUACAAAGUUCAACCUCUCGAGAUAGAUGCAGGAGUUCAAAAUCAACUAAUUGUCAUAUGUGAAGACACUAAUAAGAAUCAGAAGACUGUACCCGAGGAACCUGAUGAACCACCUGAUGAGAACACUGUCAGUGUUAGACUACCCUUAAGAUUUAAAUUCUCAGUUUCGAAGAAUAACCAAGAUGUGACGACGGUGAUUGUCGGGAAUAGUACAAUCAAAUCAGAGAAGCUUUUGUCGAACGAUUCUGAUGAAAGUGAAAUGCAUGUGGACUUCACACUAAAACAAAAGAUAUCAAAGGAGUCUACUCCAGAACCGGAAGUGGAUUUCACAUUUCGGAAAGAUUUGGGACAAGUGAAGAAAGUAGAGUGCAACGAAAAUGUAGAAACUGAAUUCACAGUUGGAGACACCAAAACUGAUGUCAUCAGGCAUUUCCGCAGAAGGGAAUCAGAUUACCAAUCCUCAAACAGUGACGAAGAAACAAUGAGAAACUCCAGUUCAAACGAAAGCAGGGACGGCAGAUUGACUGAUCCGUCUGAUCUCUUUUAUGAGUCUCUCGUUUCUGACGUUUGCGAUUUGGAGAUAUCUGAUCAAAUUUACGAUACCGAGGUGACAUCAAAAGAGGAAGAGAUGAGAGACUUGAGUUUUCCAAACGAGAACGAGGAUGCUGGUGGAAACUCUUCUUGUAACAAAUCUAAAAAUUUGUUAAGUGUUCAGAACUCCAGAGAAGAAACUGACGAUGAGGACAGUGGAGUAACCUCAGAUAUGAGUCGGAUGAUAUCAGAAGUUGAUACAGACUCGGAAUGUUGUGCCACAACAAAGAAGCAAAGUAAAUACCAGAGGACCCAGACACAUUCGAGACUUUUUAGACUUUUGAAUGAUGAUUCCAUAUCUACAAAAGAGGACCAGGAAGAUCGUGCCACUUCGAGAAGAAGGGAUCACCUGAAUCUUCCCCUAACGUCCAAUAUCUUUAAUAGUGAGGAUCAAUACUGUUCGAGUUACUCCAGUGGAAUGACUUCUCCAGAAUAUUCUCCAGUACAUGAAAAGAGCUGGAGAAGACUCCACGAGGAGAACAAUGGAGAUUUUAGUCUAGAAGAAACAGCACCACUUAGUCAUCCAGAAAAGUCAACACAUGAUUGUUAUUAUCAGACCUGGAAGACCCCCAAGUUAGAAUCCGAGUUGGAAAUUCUACCUUCUAUGGCUCACAAAGUCCUCGAAAGUAAAAAGCCCCAUUGGGCCUACAGGGUAAAUGUUCUCUGUCCCAGGAUCAGGAGCUCGAAGAACGUUCCAAAGGAUUUUAAGUCAUCCUUUGCGAAAUCUAUUGGUCCUUCCAAUUUGUCCUUUCCUAAAAAUCCUGUAAGAAAUAGCCAUUGCUGAUUAGCUCAAGGCAGAUUGAGGCCGUUGGGCCGAGCAUCCGGUCCACACGGACGAGCCUUGCGAGUUUUGUCUAGCUUCGCAAGACUGGGCCACGAUGCCCGGAAGGUACAGGCGACGUGGUUUUUUUCUCUCGGUCCCGAUACAACCGAUUACUGAAGAUAACGGCGGGCAUUUCAUUUAGAAAAAAUGUGACAUUGUUAGUGUGUUUUCUGUUGAUUUUUUCUAUAUUUUCUUAUGCAAAAUAAUACGUGGAAAUGAUAAUUGGAAUCACGGUUAAAAUAGUUAUUUAUGUAAUGCUUCGCAAAUCUAAUGCGCGGAGCCCAAAAAUGGCAUUGUCUCCACUACUUGUAUACCUUAUUGUUUAUACUCGCUUAUUAGAUUUUUUAAGAUAUAUAAUUUAUGUUCACGUGUGUAAAAUUCAUAAGAACGAGUGAUAAUGGAACGAGAUGAUUCAUCAAUACGAUACGCUCUCAUCUAGGAUUUUUUUCUUUGUCAAAUAUUCAUUCAUCAAACUACAGCCUUGUAAAAUAGUAGGUAUAGGUAUUGGACUCUCUUUGAAAAAUGUUGUCCUCAGUACGAAAACUUAAAAACAAGAAUUUCAGAUUUUAAUUUGAGUUGGAGGAUCUCGUAAUUUGCAUAAAUGUGCACGAAAUGCGCAGAGGAUUUUAAAUUCUCAUCGUUAUAUUUGUAAUUAUUAAUAUGCGUAUAUUGCGGUCAAAUAAGUAUUGUGUUUAUUUUUAAUAAACGUCUCGCCUCAGUCAUUUCUCAAAUGUAUGAAUUAUAAAUAUAUUACUGUGUAAGUUAACCUGGGUUACUUGACACAUGAUCGCUGUAUUAUUUAUUUAAGCUGUGUAUAAUAAAUUAUUUCUGUGGACGC